AUGGACGCGGAGAUGAUGUCUGAGCUGGUGUCUGUGCAGCUCACAACGACGCUCGGGUCCGUCUUCCUUGGAUUUGCGUGUACAUGCGUGUUGUACGGUAUAACCAGCUUGCAAACAUGGAUGUAUUUCGACUACGAUUUCAAGGAUGAGCCGAUGCUCAGUAGAACGGUUCUAUUCCUAUGGAUUCUAGACACCCUCCAAGUGUUGUUUCUCGCUAUCACCGUUUACCGCAACGUUGUGGUGGACUUCGGGAAUCUUCCCGCCCUUCUCACGCCAACCUGGAGUCUCGCGGCCAUGGUCAUCCUUGUCAGCAACCUCAUUGUCCGAGCAAUAUUCGGGAUGAGAAUCUGGAAGCUUAGCGGAGGGCACUGGUUCAUACCAGUAUGCAUCGUGAAUGUGCUAUCUCUUUUUGUUCUCGGGGACGGAAUAUUCUUCGCAGUGAAAGGCCUCUCUGUCCCUACGCUAUUCGAAGUUCACUGGAGCUUCUACACAGGAUUUAGCGCGGAAGUCGUUGCCGACACCAUCAUCACCGUCUCACAGUGUAUGCUACUCGUACGCAUGAAGACCGGAUUCGAGAGGACGGACUCGUUGAUAUCGGUGAUGAUGAGAUACAGUAUCAACACCGGUCUUCUCACAAGUAUUUGCGCCAUCCUAGUGCUCAUCACGUACUCGACACAACCGAACAACUUUGUAUACAUGGCAUUCUACUUCGUAUACAGCAAGUUAUACGUGAACUCCCUUCUUGCCACCCUCAACGCCCGGCGCUCGCGGCUCAUGCGACAGAAUCUCGGUGUCCAGCGCGUUGCGGCAACGUCCGUCACCGACAUGACAUUCAAAGCGGACGCCUUCGAUCUGAGCCGGCCUGCUGAGCUUACUACGAUCAUCGACAUCGGCUCGCGGCUGGCAAACUCCAGCGAGAGCCAUGAGUUUUGA